AAAAUACUAAUAAAAAAUAUAGGAGUGUUUAGUAGGAGUAACUUUUAUGACUAUAAUUGAUUUUUAUUUAAAUAAAAUGACUAUUUUAAAUAUAUACCUGUAUAAGAAUAUAAAAAUAACAAAAUCACAUAGGCGUUUUGUUAUUUCUAACAAUUGACCUUUAAAAAUAUAUAGAAGAUCAAAAUGAAUAAAAAAUCCUGAGCAAUGAACGCUUUGAAAUUCCCUCAAAACCAAAUGGCAGCAGCAGCUGCAGCUCCAGCUCCAUCAUCCUUCCUCCACACACUCCAUCCCCUCACCAAACCCUCCUCCACCACCGCCGCGACAAGACGGUCAUCCAUACUACUCACAUCCGUCCUCCUCUGGACGCAGCACACAAAAUCCGCCGCCGCAUUCGAUUUCCGGCUGACGGUGCCGGACCAGACCGUGGAAGAAGCGGAGUCCGGGAUCCGGUCCCACGCGCAAAGCCUGAUCGGAGUGAAGGAUCUGCUGGCGGCGGAGUCGUGGAGGGAGGCGCAGAAACUGCUGCGUAGGAGCUCGGCGCUUCUCAAACAAGACGUGUAUACGAUGAUUCAGGCGUCGGCGUCGGCGGAGCGGCCGAGGCUGAGGAAGCUCUACGCCGAUCUGUUCAAUGCGGUGACGAGGCUGGAUUACGCGGCUCGGGAUAAGGAUAGGAUUAGGGUAUGGGAGUCCUACCGUACCAUUCUUUUGUCUCUUGAUGAUAUUUUGUCUGCACUUUUCAAUAAAUAAAUCAAAUUUGUGGCGUA